UGGCAGCGGCAGCUGGGUCUGCAGCGAAGCGCGGCCCUGGAGAGCCGCAGGCAGCGGCCGGAACGCGCAGCCCGCACCGGAGCUCAGACGCCGCGGACAGAGGCAGUUCCUUCGCGCCCGGCGCACUCCCGACCGGCUCCGCAGAGGAGUCGCAGCGUGAGCACAACCCGCUCCCGGCUUAGGACCAGCUCACAGAACUAAGGACCAAAGGCAUUUCCGAGCACCAAGAUCCUCCACCUCUGCUGCAGCCAUGAGCCGGCGCGUGGUUCGGCAGAGCAAGUUCCGCCAUGUGUUUGGGCAGGCAGCAAAGGCCGAUCAGACCUACGAGGACAUCCGUGUGUCCAAGGUCACAUGGGACAGCUCCUUCUGUGCUGUCAACCCCAAAUUCCUAGCCAUUAUCGUGGAGGCUGGAGGUGGGGGUGCUUUCAUCGUCCUGCCUCUGGCCAAGACAGGACGAGUGGAUAAGAACUACCCGCUGGUCACUGGGCACACUGCACCUGUGCUGGAUAUUGACUGGUGCCCACACAAUGACAAUGUCAUCGCCAGUGCCUCAGACGACACCACCAUCAUGGUGUGGCAGAUUCCAGACUAUACCCCUGUGCGAAACAUUACAGAACCUAUCAUCACCCUCGAGGGCCACUCCAAGCGUGUGGGCAUCCUCUCCUGGCACCCUACUGCCAGGAACGUCCUGCUCAGUGCAGGUGGUGACAAUGUGAUCAUCAUCUGGAAUGUGGGCACUGGGGAGGUGCUGCUGAGCCUAGACGACAUGCAUCCGGACGUCAUCCACAGUGUGUGCUGGAACAGCAAUGGCAGCCUGCUGGCCACCACCUGCAAGGACAAGACACUGCGCAUUAUCAAUCCCAGAAAGGGCCAAGUGGUGGCGGAGCGAGCCCGGCCUCACGAGGGCGCCCGCCCGCUGCGGGCCGUCUUCACCGCAGAUGGGAAGCUGCUCAGCACCGGCUUCAGCAGGAUGAGUGAGCGGCAACUCGCGCUCUGGGACCCGAACAACUUCGAGGAACCAGUGGCACUGCAGGAGAUGGACACAAGCAACGGAGUUCUACUGCCCUUCUACGACCCGGACUCCAGCAUCAUCUACUUGUGUGGCAAGGGCGACAGCAGCAUCCGGUACUUUGAGAUUACCGAUGAGCCACCUUUUGUGCACUAUCUCAACACAUUCAGCAGCAAAGAGCCACAGCGGGGCAUGGGUUUCAUGCCCAAACGGGGACUGGAAGUCAGCAAGUGUGAGAUCGCCCGGUUCUACAAGCUGCACGAGAGAAAGUGUGAGCCCAUCAUCAUGACAGUGCCGCGCAAGUCAGACCUGUUCCAGGAUGAUCUCUACCCUGAUACCCCCGGGCCUGAGGCUGCCCUGGAAGCAGAGGAAUGGCUGUCGGGUCAGGACGCCGAACCUAUACUCAUUUCGCUGAGGGACGGCUAUGUGCCUCCUAAGCACCGAGAGCUCCGGGUCACUAAACGCAACAUCCUGGACGCGCGCCCACCCUCUGGCCCCCGCCGCAGCCAGUCAGCCAGUGAUUCCCCCUUGUCGCAGCAGCACACUCUGGAGACACUGCUGGAGGAGAUAAAGGCCCUUCGCGAGCGGGUGCAGGCCCAGGAGCAGCGCAUCACAGCGUUGGAGAACAUGCUGUGCGAGCUAGUGGACGGCACCGACUAGUGCGUCCCUGUGUGCCUGAGCGGCUGUGCUCAGGGCCCAGCAGGCAGGACGCACGGGUCGCACCGACCCACUCCAGCCUUUGGCCUGCGACUCACCUUCCUGGGCUGGGGCUGGAGGCUGGACUGGGAAGGAAAUUAUGCCCCUCGUGGGAGACCUGGAAGGGAGCUCAUGGGAGACCCAAGUUUGUCUGGCAGGGGCUGGACUGCACUCUUGGUCUGGGACUUGGCUGGAGCUGGCCUAAGGGGGCCCUUGGGGUAACAGGGGGCCUGAGCAAUGGUGCUGCUUGGCGAGGCGGUCUCCUCCUCUGUCCCUGGCCCCAGGCAGGGAAAAUGCUUAGUUAUUAGCAGAAUGCUUGGGGGUAUUGGGGAGUUUGGGCUUGACCUCAAAGAGGUGGCCACUCCUUGGGUCUCCCCAGACUAAGUGGGGAAAAUUAGGGCGCUUCUCCUUAUCAGCUCACUUGAUUCCACCAACCUAAGUGGUAAACCCCAAUUCUAAGUUGGCAGCACCCCAGUUCUGCAGAUAUAUACACAACCUGCACAACCUCAACCCAGGAGUCUCUGGCAGAUGAUAGGGCAGUUUCCUCCAGAUAGUCUGCCACAGAAAUCUCAGAACUGGCAUAAGAAAGCAGGCUUACCCCACACACACACACACACACGCACGCACGCCCUCUGCUGUGGCCUUAACUCUGUGAGGAAAACAAGACAUAAUGACAUGUUUUACUAAGUGCAAGUCUGUGCCUCCUGCACGGCUCGGGGCAGGCAAAGGGGAAACAUUCCCAGGCUACUCGGAGAACCUAGCAAACACAAGCCUGGGCUCAGGACUCACCAAACAGCCUCUUAUCCUAGAGUCGUCCUCUGAACUGAAGUUCAACAGGACGCCCCAUCCCACCCACCCUGGGCACUCCUCCCCAGUAAAAUCGGGAAAAAGC